GCGGCGGGGCCGAUGAGGCCGCCCGGGGCGCCGCGGGAUGUGGCGCUGGAGGUGCCGCCCGCGCUGAGCGGCCCCGCCGCCACCAUGGGAGCGAGCGCGGCCCCGGGGCUGCCCGAGCGCCUCCGCCUGCCCGUCUGCUUCCUCGGCGUGUUCGCCUGCUACUUCUACUACGGCAUCCUGCAGGAGAGCAUCACCCGGGGCCGCUACGGGGAGGGCGCCAAGCAGGAGAAGUUCAAGUACGCGCUGACCCUGGUGUUCAUCCAGUGCGUGAUCAACGCCGCCUUCGCCAAGCUCCUGAUCCGUUUCGUGGACGCGGCACGGCCGGACCGCACGCGGGGCUGGCUCUACGGGGCCUGCUCGCUGUCCUACCUGGGCGCCAUGGUGUCCAGCAACUCCGCCCUGCAGUUCGUCAGCUAUCCCACCCAGGUGGGCACAGGGACAGGGGGGACAUGGGGACACAGCUAUCCCACCCAGGUGGGCACGGGGACAGGGGGACACGGGGACACAGCUGUGACACAGCUACCCCACCCAGGUGCUGGGCAAGUCCUGCAAACCCAUCCCAGUGAUGCUGCUGGGGGUGACCCUGCUGAGGAAGAGGUACCCCCCAGCCAAGUACCUGUGCGUGCUGCUCAUCGUGGCAGGGGUGGCCCUGUUCCUCUACAAGCCCAAAAAAGGGACAGGGGACACCGAGCACAUCUUUGGCUACGGGGAGCUGCUCCUGCUGCUGUCGCUGACCCUGGACGGGCUCACGGGGGUGUCCCAGGACCACAUGAGGGCUCACUACCAGACAGGCUCCAACCACAUGAUGCUCAACGUCAACCUCUGGUCCACGCUGUUCCUGGGGGCAGGGAUCCUGUUCACGGGGGAGCUCUGGGAGUUCCUGAGUUUCACGGAGCGUUAUCCCAGCAUCAUCUCCAACAUCCUCCUCUUCGGCCUCACCAGCGCCCUGGGCCAGAGUUUCAUCUUCAUGACCGUGGUGUACUUCGGGCCCCUGACCUGCUCCAUCAUCACCACCACCCGCAAGUUCUUCACCAUCCUGGCCUCCGUGGUGCUCUUUGCCAACCCCAUCAGCCCCAUGCAGUGGGUGGGCACCGUCCUGGUGUUCCUGGGCCUUGGGCUCGAUGCCAAAUUCGGGAAGGGGGUGAAGAAGACGUCGCAUUGAGGUGGAUCGGGCGAUCCCGCAGUUGGAAUGAACUUUUAAUUUAUUGUCUUGUACCUCAGAAUCUGGUGUGGAACUGGACUCAGGACAGGGAAUCAGAAGGAAACCAUGUGGGAUUUAUUUUUGGGUUGAGUUUGGUUUGGUUUUUUAAUUCUAAAUGGUCUCUAAAAUGUAAUCCUUUAGUUUGAAGUGUAAUUUUGCUUUUUUUUUUUUUGUGUAAUCAGAGCUGCCCCCUGAGCCGAGCAGCAGCAGCAGCAGAUCCUUGCCUUAACAGGAAAACACAAAUCCUUCCUAUCUUUAUUAAAGAAAACCAGACAAUG